AUGGGCAAUGACAGAGCUUUUAAGGCACCCAAAAGCGAUGAGGAUCUACAGACGGAGGUGAGAGGAAUUGCUGGUGGCAGACCAGAGAUCACUGAUGAGGAUUUGGAAAAAGAUGAAGCAAUCGACGACGCUAAAGUAAUGGACUUUGACAUUUCAGCUGGAACUAUGAUCAUUACCAAUGCUUUUGCCAUUGGAAGACACCCUUCAUUCUGGGAUGAACCAGAUGAGUUUAGGCCUGAGAGAUCCUUGAAUUCUGGCAUUGAUUUCAGAGGUCAUGACUUUCAAUCGAUUCCAUUUGGAGCUGGAAGAAGGGGUUGUCCUGGAAUCUCUUUCGCGAUGGCUACAGAUGAACAUGUUUUAGCAAAUCUUAUGCUUAAGUUUGACUGGGAUUUGCCUGAUGGAGCUAAGGGAACAGAUUUGGACAUGACUGAAUGUACUGGUUUAAUAAUUCACAAAAAAGUUCCUCUUCUUGCUGUUCCAACUCCAGUUUGGUGA